CUAACCAGCGUCGGUCUUCCGCUAGCCUUUCUUCCUACGCUCGAAGCUGACCACGUGAAAGAAUACCCUGUACGCUCGAACAUCCAGAGAAUGAAGUUACUAGAUGUGAAUGCUGUUCUCGACCGCGAAACGCACAUCGAGCAGGCUGAUCCCGAACGUGAAGUCCUCAAGGUGUCUGAUGGUAAAGGUACUCGUUAUGCGAUACUAUCGCACCGCUGGGGAGCCGACUCGGAGGUCAAUUACAAAGAGAUGAUUGGGCUGAUGAAGAUGGAGGAGCAUAAGAGGGACAAUGUCAGGCAGCGCGACGGCUACCAAAAGAUCGUCAAGAGCUGUGAGCAAGCGAUGAAGGACGGCUAUGAGUGGUUGUGGAUCGAUACCUGCUGCAUUAACAAGCGUAGCAGUUCAGAGCUAUCAGAGGCCAUCAAUUCGAUGCAUCGGUGGUACCAACACGCACAUGUGUGUUAUGCGUACCUCAACGACGUUGAGGAGUCGAUCUUCCCUGCCAAGCGAGACCGCGACAAGUUUGGCGAGUCCAACGGUUGGCCAGUAUGGUUCUUGCGGGGCUGGACAUUGCAGGAACUCAUCGCGCCAAGUCAAGUGAAGUUCUUCAACAAGGAUUGGGUGCCGAUUGGCGACAAACGACACCUGGCACCCAUGUUGAAGGACAUCACCGGAAUUCCAUGUGAAGUUUUGAGAGAUGGCCUGGCUGCGAAGCGUCUCUGUGUCGCACAAAUCAUGUCGUGGGCAGCUACCCGGAAGACGGAGCGCGUGGAAGAUCGGGCGUACUCGCUGAUGGGGUUGUUCGGAGUGCACAUGCCCAUGUUGUAUGGAGAGGGCAAAAAAGCAUUUCGGCGUCUACAACUGGAAAUCAUCCGGGAAUCCAGCGAUCAAAGCAUAUUCGCAUGGAGUACAUGGAAGCUGCGGACAGGCAGUGACCUGGCUGACGAUCCAAGCGACUUUUUGGAUUGUGGCAACAUCGAGAAGGUCACGGAACCUGACGAAUAUGUCGAUGGACUAAUGGAGUACAUUGGAUGGAAACAACUCGGCAGCCCCUGGUAUAUCGCACGUGGCCACAGGACGAUCUCGAAGUUGAGGCGGCAUGCCAACACGGUCAGCCAGCGACUUGACACAACAUUCUCUGUCAGUAAUGCGGAUAUCCAAGUGUGUUUGCCUGUCAUCCCCCUUCCCGACCCUCCGUCUCAUUUCCGGGCUAUAUUGGCGUGUAAAACCUACCAUGGUAUCGGUGGUCUAGCCACCAUUGAUUUAGUAUUCUCUGGAUCCAGGUUUCACAGGACUCCAGUUGCACAUUCUGAGUCGCACAAUCUCAAGACAUAUCCGGAGUUCAAGACCCUCUAUCUUACCCAUCAUCAAGAUGCCAACGAGACACGCCGCGAGUUUACGCUUGACGACAAGCAUGCCUCAUACCAUGGAUUCACCCGCCGUGGCACCUACCCGCGCAAGUUUACAGGCGAUACUGUCGCACUCUCGUCCCUCACGGGUGAACUCAUUGUCAUAGUCUAUGCCAACGACAAUCCCAGAUCAUGCUUUGCAGUUGGCCUUGGAUACUACCUCGGCCAGGGAUGGGUGCACGUUGUCUCUGACGAACAUCCUGAAACUCGAGAGGAUGACUGGACUGGCUUUGGCAGGAGAGCAUGUGCUCGAAUGUGGGAUGCGCGUGUAGAACAUGCUCUGAGUAUGCGCAAACAUGAACACGACGAAGACCGCUACUACGACCACUUCAUCAAGCAUGCCCACCUUCCCCGAUCAAUCUGGGCCGCGAAGGUAGUCUGGGGUAGGUGGGAGAAGGACAAUUUCAAGAUUAUGGUCGAUGUCGACGAAUGUCCUGGUUGCUGCGAUGGACCACACAGAUGGGCAACGACAUUUAAUGAUUAUGGUGGCUUUCAAACGCCAGGGCUUAUGCGUACAGAUUUCCCUUCAUAUUUCUUGGAAUUGGAUAGGUGGCGGGCUGGCUUUGACGAGUGUUCUGGUCAACGGAUUGCGCUGGGUGAUUAUGGGGACUAUUCCAAUGGCGCAUUUAUGCGUGUUGGCAAUGUCUUUGAGGAUAUGGCCGUCCUUGGCAUUAACACCACGGACUCAGCUUAUUGUCCUGUGGUCACUCGUGUAUCCAACUAUUUAACGCCAAGGAAUUAUACGGAGAAUUGGGAUGAUCUUGCUGUAGCUUAUUAUGGCGAGGACAAAUGGCUGGCCUUGCAUCAAUCCAAGGGCCUCUCGAUUCCCACCAAUGAACAUUUUGUGCUGCUACUGAAAGCACUGUCCACCCGCCUUGCAGGAAAACAUUUAGUGAUAACAGUCGUACAAUGCUCAGAUUUCUAUAUAGUCAAUGAUAAUGGUGAGCGAAAUGAUGACUCGGCACCGGGCAGUAAUAACCACUGCACAGAGCCUCGAGUUUUGACUCCGCUAUGCACCAUUGCGAGCCCACAAGUUUGGCGAAGAGACCUGCCCUGUGUGCAGAGAAGGGAACGAUUCAAGAGUAUUCGGGAGUACUUUUACUCCCUCGUGAAUAUGAUACCUUCCCUUCUCACACUAUUCGCCUGUGCCUAUGACGUCAUCUACAGCGUCAACCGACAAGAGCCGAAGCCCCCCACAAAUCUGUGGUGCGUUUGACAACUGUAUGAACCACAAACGUACACUUAGGAUGGCAACAGUGCAAGAAAAAGGAAGAUGGAGCGAUCAAGUUCUUCUCAGACAUGUUUGGUCUCAAGCAUCUGAGAAAUUAUAUCGGCGAGAUAACAUUCUUCAAAAGAUUCUGUUCGAUGAUAAACAGCAAGGUUUCCGUAGGCAUUGUAGAAGAGGAUGGUUUACUAACGCGUGCACCAAAAACGUCAUGCACCGAUCGGGUGAUGACACGUUACCUGUUUAUGGGCAGUUCUCAAUCCAAUGCUAUGCAGGACCAGUGCCUCGAAGUUUUGGUACCUCUGUUGCGCAGGCGGUGUCAAAUUCUCUGUGCACAGUAUG